AUGUACUCAAAGGUUAUAGUAUUCCUGUGUGCCGCUGGCAUUGCAUCUGCUGGUAAUCUUCUGCACGCUGCGCCCUUAGCAUACAGCGCACCCAUCCAAUCUGUAUCUUACGCAUCUCAUACCGCACCUAUUACCUACGCUGGACCAGUAGUUACCAAGAGCAUCUCUCCGGUAGUCUCCUAUCAAACUCUCUCCCACGCCGCACCUGCUAUUGCUACCUACUCAGCUGGACCUAUUGUGACCAAAAACUACGGGACACCUGCUUAUUCUUACUCGUCAGUAUCUUCUCCUAGAUACACAAGCUCUUUGUCUUACGCACCUGUUGUAGCUAAGAGUGUAUCUCCCGCCGUAUACUCCUCCGUAGCUCAUGCUGCUCCUUUAUCGUAUGCCGCAGGACCUGUUGUAACUAAAACUAUUGCUCCCGUAGCCCAAUACGCUACUGCUCCAGUAUUGAAGACUGCCAUCGCUUAUUCUUCCGCUCCAGCAGUAUCCCACGUCUCUUACUCCGGUUUAGGUGCUAGCUACGGAUGG